AUGAGGCCCUCAAGCCAGAGACCAUACCGCAAGCCAGAUGAGCGCGUCCGAAAACCGGCCCAUCAGAACUCCGAGGUCAGAGAUCGCGUCGACGAGACAGCCAACAUGUCGUCUGGCUGGACCGGACUUUCCGGUCAAGCCUCCCCCUUCAAUCCUUCCAGAUUCGCCGCUUACCAAUACGGCGCGAGUGGUACUUCCGUUUCUGACCCAUACGGUCCCAUGAGCCAUGCAGGACCCUCAGUCCCUUCAAGUUGGGCUCCGAUCGCCGGUUCCCCGUAUAAAAUCUCAGUAUGGAUGCCAAAUCCAGCAGCUACAUCAAAUUCCUCGACUACCUUCAACCAAAACUGGAAUCAGACGUCUUCCAACUACCCUCCCUUCUCCACGCCGACUGAAGCUGGUCCGAGUCUGUAUCCCAACUACCCUUCAUUAUCUACGCCAACUGAAGCUAGUCUGAGUCUAUAUCCGGACCCAGAAGGAUAUUACAACUCUCUUAGUUCAGCUCCAGCCUACCCCAUAUACUCGCCAGCUCCUACGCCCUCAGCAUACGCCCCAUACAGCCCCCCAGAUACAGGUCUCCUAUUGCAAACGAGCCCUUCCGAAAACGUCCCUGCCCCUGACCACGUUCUCGACUCGCGCAGCUAUGACGGAGACUACGCAAAUCUCGUAUCCCCCAGCCCAGAGCGCGCGGCAUCUCCUCCUCCACCUGAUAUCGUGAUCAGCCCCCUCCGAGCUCGCCCAAGCGCAUUCCAAGGCCUACUCGAGUCUAUCGAGCGCGACGAGACCCCCAGUCCAGCAGCCCCCGAAGUCGAACGCUACGCCAACCCUCGCGCCAACCGCAGCGCCUACGGCAAAGAAUACGUCCAGAUUACUGAGGAUGAGCUGCACCAGAUCCGCCCUGAUUACGGCAAGAUGAAGCGCCUGGUUGGAUUCGUCAACGCGGAGAAGGGGAUCAGGAGCAAAAAGGGAAAGGGGAGGAAGAAUGUGCAUCUCACGUUUGUCGAGCAGCGGGCGUUGAAUACUCUGCGGAUCAAGGCUGGUAGACCUGCGCUGAUGAGGGUCAAGAGGAGCAGGGAGGAUCAGGCUGAUUGGGACAAGGCUGCGAAGGUGAGGAAUGCGGAGUUGGAGAGCAAGUUGGAUCAGGAGCGAGAGGAGAUUCGAGAGAUGGAGAUGAUGGAAGAGGCGGCGGAUGAGGGUGAAUUUGGGGACGAGGCAUGGGGAGCUGAGUGGCGAUAA